AUGCUGUCAUACGUGCUUCUACGCCUCAACAUCAAACCUGAGGUCCAGAAAGAGCACAUGGACUGGACUGUCAAGAAUAUCAAGAAGAAUCUGUCACGGUACCCAAAAGAGACCCUUGGUCAAUUUUUGGAUAUCCAGGACGGCCCGAUGCAUCCAGUCCUCGCUGCCCUUGAUGACGAAGCAAUGCCGGACUUGUGCAGCCACAGAUAUGCAGAAGACUCUGUUCCGAUGCUCCAGAUGCCAACACAUCUUCUACUGGAAUGCCAAAGGGCUAACUGGAAAGCUCAUAAGGAACAGUGCACCGACAUCGCAAACUCGCGUGCACGCGUCGAGAAACUUAAGCAAGAAGGCUCACCAGCUGCGCAAAAGGAGGCCGACUGGGUUGAGUGGCGUAACCUAUCUCACUAUGCAAACACAUACGGGCUGCAACACGCGCUUGGUGUGCAUCGUGACCCAUUGCGCGGGCACAAUCACAUCGUCGUGCGCCAGGUGAAGUACACGCCCGAGGAGAGCGACCUCCGGUACCGGUUCAUGAUCACGCAUGCUGGCGUCUUCAAACUCGAUGAUUGUUGGGAUGCCGUCGACGAGGUCAUGAGCGGUCGUGCGGGCGAGGGCAAGGAGAUGGUGCGCGACAUCUUGAAUGACAUAGAUUCGACGAGCGGCUCCAGCGAACGGGACAUCGUUCCAUUGCUAGACCUAACGUUCGGAGAUGUGGCAAUCACAUUCGAUUCUUUGCGUCACCACCCUUAUGAUCCCGACUGGCGCAAGUCAAUAAACAAGAAGGGCGUCCCACCGCCCGACGCCAUACUCAAGUUCAAGAAUGCCGUUGAUGUCGAGCAUAAGUUUGACUAA